AACAUUGAAAAGUUUCCAACUCCCAUCAGCAAAGUCAGUCAGUCAGUCGCCCCAAAGGUUCCACUUUCCAUAAUAGCAGUAGUUCCAUGUGAAAAACGGAUAAAAAAAUUUCUCUAGCCAAUGAGAGGAGGACACGUUGGAUUCGUCGUCACUUUCAUCCUCCUAGCUGCCGCCGGUAAUGUUUGCGGUGAGUUCGCCGGCGAUUACUCCAAGCUGUCGGGAAUUAUCAUCCCGGGGUUCGCGUCCACCCAACUGAGAGCAUGGUCAAUAUUAGACUGCCCUUAUUCUCCUCUCGAUUUCAAUCCUCUCGAUUUAGUCUGGCUCGACACCACUAAACUUCUUUCUGCUGUAAAUUGCUGGCUGAAGUGUAUGAUGUUGGAUCCUUACAAUCAAACAGAUCACAGCGAGUGCAAGUCUCGACCUGACAGCGGCCUUUCUGCUAUCACAGAACUUGAUCCUGGUUAUAUUACAGGUCCUUUGUCAUCAGUGUGGAAAGAAUGGAUUAAGUGGUGCAUAGAAUUUGGUAUCGAGGCUAAUGCAAUCAUCGCAGUUCCAUAUGACUGGAGAUUGUCUCCAUCAAAGCUUGAGGAGAGAGACCUUUACUUUCACAAACUAAAGCUAACUUUUGAAACUGCUCUUAAACUUCGUGGUGGACCUUCAAUAGUUUUCGCUCAUUCAUUAGGUAACAAUGUCUUCAGAUACUUCUUGGAGUGGUUGAAAUUAGAGAUUGCUCCAAAAGAGUAUAGGAGAUGGUUAGACGAUCACAUUCAUGCCUAUUUUGCUGUUGGAGCUCCUCUUCUUGGUGCUAUUGAGACAGUCAAAGCAACAUUAUCUGGGGCUACAUUUGGUCUUCCUGUUUCAGAGGGGACAGCUCGCCUGAUGUUCAAUACGUUUGGAUCUUCUAUAUGGAUGUUGCCAUUUUCAAAAUAUUGUACAACAGAUAAUGUAUACCAGAGGCAUUUCUCUGGCGUAAACAGAAAAAACCAUCAUGCCUACCAUUGCGAUGAGCAUGAAUUUCAGUCGAAGUACUCUGGCUGGCCAACAAACAUAAUCAAUAUUGAAGUUCCUUCAAUUCGAGGGAAUGAGGCUUAUCCAUCAUUUGUAGAAACUGCCCAAACCAACUCGUCUGGAAUGGAAUGUGGAUUCCCGACGCAAUUGUCCUUUUCUGCUCGUGAAGUCUCUGACGGUACCUUUUUCAAAGCCAUAAAGGAUUAUGAUCCUGACAGCGAAAGGCUCUUGCAUCUUUUAAAAACGUCUUACCAUGACGAUCCUAUUUUAAAUCCUCUAACGCCUUGGGAAAGACCACCUCUCAAGAACAUAUUCUGCAUUUAUGGCGUAGAUUCGAAGACUCAGGUUGGUUACUAUUUUGCACCAAGUGGGAAGCCUUAUCCUGAUAAUUGGAUUAUAACAGAUGUGAUAUAUGAAAUUGAAGGAUCUCUGUAUUCCCGGUCAGGAAAUCUGGUUGAAGGAAACCCGGGUGCAACAAGUGGAGAUGAGACGGUGCCAUACCAUUCCCUAUCCUGGUGCAAGAAUUGGCUGGGGCCAAAAGUGAACAUAACAAGGACACCGCAGUCAGAGCAUGAUGGCUCAGAUGUACAAGUGCAUCAAAAUAUAGAGCAUCAACAUGGUGAAGAUAUCAUUCCCAAUAUGACAAAGUUAUCUACGGUGAAGUACAUAACCUAUUAUGAGGAUUCUGAAAGUUUUCCUGGAACGAGAACAGCAGUUUGGGAGCUUGAUAAAGCAAAUCACAGGAACAUUGUCAGAUCUCCAGCUUUGAUGCGGGAGCUAUGGCUUGAGAUGUGGCAUGAUAUUCAUCCUAAUAAAAAGUUUAACUUUGUUACAAAAGCAAAGCGUGGGCCUCUGAGGGAUGAGGACUGCUAUUGGGAUUACGGAAAAGCUCGUUGCGCAUGGCCUGAACAUUGUGAAUACAGAUAUCUAUUUGGGGAUGUUCACCUGGGACAGAGUUGCAGAUUGAAGAAUUCUACAUCUUAUCUCCUGUCGCACUAUGUGUGAUUUUUAAGAAACAGAAAUACAUUCCGCAAACAUUAGAAGAACAAGGCCAAAUGAUUCAGAGAGCAAAGACUGGAUGUUCAUCUGGACAGCAUCAUAUGCAACUUCAUCUGUGUAUCAUAAACUUUUAGAGCAACUGGACCACCUGUACAUCGAAGAAAUUUUGUAGAGUAUUAAACUUUAGCACCAGAAAGUCCAGAAUAUGUUCCACAUCAGAAUGUAAUUAGAGCGUAGAGUCAAGAUAGCUCUAUUAAUAUUAAGGAAAACUCUGAUGAUCAUUUAUAUGCUUUGGUGUUUUGACGCCAAUAAUUGUGAAAUUUUAGUCCAUAUGGUGAGACUUGCACUG